CAUUAUAAAAAUUAUUAGUAUUCCCGGCUCUGUUCUCAAUAAUACUACUCAAAAGACAUAUUUUCAUACUUGAUUGAAACAAAAAACGUAAAUCAAAUAACACAAAAAAAGCGUAAAAUAUACGGGAUUAUAUCAUAAGUCAUCCUAUAAUAAUUGGUGCACCAAUAUGACAGCUCCGCCGGUCAACUCCGAUGAAGAUUAUUACAUGGAUGAGUCCUUUGACGAGGAAUCGCUGUCAGAGGUCGAGGACGAGCCGGAGGAAGAUGUGCAGGAGGAAAGCGAUUCACGCAGCGACAGCGACGUCGAGGCCGAGUUUCUGCGCGGAAAUCCUCAUGCACGCCGUCAGCAGAUCUUUGGAAAAGGAUCUGGUGGCGGCAGCGGAUUCCCCCGUGAUAAAAUGAUGAUAUACAAUAGCUCUUCAGAGGAUGAGGCUCAAGUGAUUAUCAGAAAAACGGUGGUUGAAGUAAACCAAUCAAAACAGUAUCUGGUCCAAAUGGAUGAUGAAACAUUGUCAGACCGAACUGUGGUGCCCAAUGGCAAUCCUGAAGAUAGCGAUCUGACUGAGAUAGGAGAUUACGAUGAUGUCCAAAUGGAAGAUGAGGUGGGAGAAGAGGAAGAAAUAGAGUACGAAGUUGAAUAUGAUGAUAACGGUUUGGUGUCCGAUCAUAGCAAUGAUGAGCAGGAUGAUGAAGUUGAAAUUGGACAAUUCGAGGAUGAGGAGCAGGAAAACCAGAAUGCUAUGGACAAGGAUAAGUCCAAGCCAGGUCUAUCACAAAGCGAUCUUGUUGAUAUAGUUGACUGCGGAAGUGAGAUAGGUUCUUGCUCCGGCGAAUCUGAUGCGGAGAAGUGUUCUCCAGAAAACACGGAUAACGAGAUGGAAUAUAUUCCAGUGCCAAUCGCACAAAAACAGAAGCGUUUGCCCAAGACUUUUCCCAAACUUAAUAGAAAGCCAAUUCUUCCCACACCGUUUGAGAAAUCGGUUGAUACCCAUGUGCCGCCUCUUCCAAAGCUUGAAGAUGCCCUCGACGAUAACGGUGCUGAAUUCGACGGUCCGGAUUGCAUGGGAAUGGGUGCAACUGAUCAAUUUAAUGUAAAGUUUUUGGAGCAACAAAUGACACAGAUGUCCGAGAUGAUCAUGAAAACGUUUCGUCUUAGUGGCGGGGCGGCAGAUAACAACGCCUUUGAACAGCUGGCUAUGGCCACAAAGCUCAUGCAAAAGCAGGGCAAGAAGCUAUCCGAGUUGGAGGAGGAGCCCGAGUCCAUAUCGACUGUUGAGUCACCAAAAACUCCAACGACAGUGCGCUCAGAGAUAUUGAGGAAUUCCAAGUGCCGUUGUCCGUCAAUCACUGACGAUAAUGAGCCAGAGGAGGAAUCAUUUUCGAUGGAUGAAUGUGGGCAGGGAGAUGGCCUGAUGCGCUAUCCUCAUAUGCAACAGACACAAUCCAAGCGAAUCAACUGUCGCGUAUCCAGCGUUACUCCGACUAGCUUCAACAGCGACAAUUGUGGUUACCACGUUGAUAUCAGGCGUCCGCGUUCUACCACCUCUUCGGAGAAAGUCAACUACAAGAACCUGGGACGCAAGAGCUUCAGCUUCACAAAUCCCCAGGUACGUGAAAUUGAACGGGCGAAUAACAUUUUGUUGAAGAAGAUGAUGAACGUAAAGCCAACAAUUAAGGCAGCCGUCAAUGGUGUCAAAUCUAGCUCCAAUGUGCAAGCAAAGAAUCAGACGCCUCCGGCACCUCGCUUGACAAGUGCAGCUGUCAAUCGGAAGAAAUAUCAGCGACAGAUCGACUUGGAUAAUGAUGUGCUUAAGCGUAAGCUGGAGGCUGUAGGAUCACGUCGACCGCUAUUCAAGUAAACUGUACAUUGAUAUCAUUAUUGUAAUUUUAGAAAUGUUUAAAGCGAAUUUAAAAUUAAAGUUUAUUGCAAGUUAAAA